AUGACUGAUGUUCUUGUUGAUCAAGGCUCAGCCGAGAAAUACAAUAUCUUUAUUGUAUUCCACUUUGCUGACCCUCGGCCUACCCAGCCCUCGAGGGGUCAUCAGAGGGGCGGCCUACCCAGCCCUCGAGGGGUCAUCAGAGGGGCGGCCUACCCAGCCCUCGAGGGGUCAUCAGAGGGGCGGCCUACCCAGCCCUCGAGGGGUCAUCAGAGGGGCGGCCUACCCAGCCCUCGGGGGGUCAUCAGAGGGGCGGCCUACCCAGCCCUCGGGGGGUCAUCAGAGGGGCGGCCUACCCACCCCUCGGGGGGUCAUCAGGGGGCGGCCUACCCAGCCCUCGAGGGGUCAUCAGAGGGGCGGCCUACCCAGCCCUCGAGGGGUCAUCAGAGGGGCGGCCUACCCAGCCCUCGGGGGGUCAUCAGAGGGGCGGCCUACCCAGCCCUCGAGGGGUCAUCAGAGGGGCGGCCUACCCAGCCCUCGGGGGGUCAUCAGAGGGGCGGCCUACCCAGCCCUCGAGGGGGUCAUCAGAGGGGCGGCCUACCCAGCCCUCGGGGGGUCAUCAGAGGGGCGGCCUACCCAGCCCUCGAGGGGUCAUCAGAGGGGCGGCCUACCCCAUCCCUCGAGGGGGUCAUCAGAGGGGCGGCCUACCCAGCCCUCGAGGGGGUCAUCAGAGGGGCGGCCUACCCAGCCCUCGAGGGGGUCAUCAGAGGGGCGGCCUACCCAGCCCUCGAGGGGGUCAUCAGAGGGGCGGCCUACCCAGCCCUCGAGGGGUCAUCAGAGGGGCGGCCUACCCCAGCCCUCGAGGGGGUCAUCAGAGGGGCGGCCUACCCAGCCCUCGAGGGGGUCAUCAGAGGGGCGGCCUACCCAGCCCUCGAGGGGUCAUCAGAGGGGCGGCCUACCCAGCCCUCGAGGGGUCAUCAGAGGGGCGGCCUACCCCAGCCCUCGAGGGGGUCAUCAGAGGGGCGGCCUACCCAGCCCUCGAGGGGUCAUCAGAGGGGCGGCCUACCCAGCCCUCGAGGGGUCAUCAGAGGGGCGGCCUACCCAGCCCUCGAGGGGUCAUCGGAGGGGCGGCCUACCCAGCCCUCGAGGGGUCAUCAGAGGGGCGGCCUACCCCAGCCCUCGAGGGGUCAUCAGAGGGACGGCCUACCUAGCCCUCGAGGGGUCAUCAGAGGGGCGGCCUACCCAGCCCUCGAGGGGUCAUCAGAGGGGCGGCCUACCCAGCCCUCGAGGGGUCAUCAGAGGGGCGGCCUACCCAGCCCUCGAGGGGUCAUCGGAGGGGCGACCUACCCAGCCCUCGAGGGGUCAUCAGAGGCAGCUGCACUAGAAAUAAAGUCACUGCUUGCUGGGACAUCAAGUGCAUUACUUCAAAGCACUUUGCAAUCUACAAGUUUUUGUGUGCCAGGUGAGAAAGAGGGGCACUUGCAGAGGGUGGUGUGUCAACCUCCGCUCCACACCCUGGCUAUUAAAUCACUUGCUGGCUUUCAUCUCAUGGCGACACUAGUCAAAACACAUCAACAGGCUGCUGAAUUAAUGAGUGUCGGGUACACAUCGGUCAUCUAUAUGCCAUAA